CCCACUGACUCCUUUCUUCCCUCCUCUUCCUUCCCCUCUUUCAUUCCCCCGAUUUCAAUACCGGCAAGCAGCACAGCAAAAUAGACGCCAGCUAAGUCGGACGUCAAGGACAGGUGUGUGAAUCAUUCCCGGCUAAAUAAUGCUGACAGAUGCGGACACAGACAAGGCAAUGAGUCGCAGAACCCGCAACGGCCCCAGGACGUGGACGAGAGGCUGGCGGUCCAAGGGAUCACGGCUCUGUCGAAUUGGAGGAGUAUUAAGGCCCCUCCCGUUAGUGAACCCGCGGAGUGUGGAGCAGAAAACCUCGACGGGCACGGUAAUAUUGGUAUCGCGAGAUGAGAAGUCGCAGAGCGUCCCGUUCCAUGAGGGAUGGCGGCUUCAUCAAACUGGAAGACCACCAAGACCCCUCCCGUGGACGCUCCGCCGGAAUACCAAGCAAAAGACCGCACGAAAGAAGAUGCUGAAGGCGACGAAGAAAGCGAUACGCCGCGGUGCGAUGUACUGGACGCCAAGUCAGCACGCCGCAGAGCGAUUGCGCCACUGCCCUGGAAAGUACUCCACGUGCUUAUGGAAUCUUGUGCGACGGAGAGUUGCGAAGAAAAAAGUCUGGGCUUUGGUGGAAGCAGCAUCCGAGCCCGAGGAGUGGACCGAGAAGCAUGAGGACCUCGAGCGUCUGCGGAAACGCGACGUCAGAAUAUGCCCACAACAGCCAUUCCUGCCGCUUUGGCGACUCGUACGCCAAAGGACAGAAGCUCUAUGAUAGAGCCUUGAGUGAAGGAAAGGAUGUGUGUUCCC